AACGAACCGUCGUCCGAAUACUGAGUACCUAUAGUGUUUUGUGAUAAGGUCAAACCACUCGUAUCUACAUAAUAUUAUGUACUACAGCAUGUUUGUAGGUACUAAUAAACCUUAACAGUUAUACAGCCUGUGUAAAAUGAAGAUUAUUAUCUAUAAUUCAUAAGACAUGGUGCUUAUAAAGAAAUGUUAUAAUUAGUGGAAUUCGUUAUAAUGAAACAGCAGGCAUAACAGAUAAAACAUCAACAAGGCCAAAAAAUAAAAUCAAAACAUACAAAAUACAAAAUUCGAAUCGAUUGUUACAUAAUUCGAACUUUUUGCAAGGAAAGCUGCAAUAUCGCGUGCAACAGAUGAGCAGUCUUGUUUUGUUCGCGUGAAAAACUGUAUCGACGACAUUGCCCGCGGGACUGCUUGCGCGUAAAAAUUGAGACUUCUAGUAAGUGCGAAUUUGACGGGAGGGAGGAGCGCACCGGUUUGGAGGAAGAGUGGAUCGCAAACGGUGACGAAAUUUCGCGCGGGAAAGGCUUCCGAGGUCGCACCGGCAACCGACCAAGUAUUGUUGUUUAUUGUAAUACUAACAUUAAUACGACGACGGUUGGUCGCGGCAUACUAUGUCGCGUUCGCGAUCAUUAUUUGAAACUCGCCGCCGCGUGCCUCUUCGAUAAUGCGAUUGCGCCGGUCCUCCGCGAUUCUUCUUAUUUAAAAAACGCGCGGUCGUUACAUACACAUGAUAAUAUAUAAUAAUAUUAUACUACAUUUAUUUUUUGCCGAUAAAAAUAUAAAACGGACGUCGAUCUAAAUAGAUUAAAAUACAUGUACAUAACAUUAUUAUAUAUGAUUAUAACAUAAUAUUACGUUUUACAAUCGUUUUUUGUCGAUUUUCUUAUUCUUUUAUCUUAUUCUCAUACAUUCUUGUUCGUCUCCUUCGCCUUCCUCGAAUCUGACGCAAGCCGACCGUCCGGUUAGGUCAUCUCAUAAGUGCGGUCACCACCAUCAUUCCAAUUGCGCUUUUAUAUAUUAUUAUUAUAAUACACACACACACACACAUAACAAUAAUACAUUCUUUGGGAAUAAUGCGAUUUAUCAACAACGUUAAUAUCAUACUAUAAUCAUAAUCGUCUGAAGCUACCGCCGAGUCGUCUACAUACGUUCCCUCCACCGCCGGGCGAUCAAAGGCUGAUAAUAUUAUAAUAUUAUCAUAAGCCGCAUCGCAUUAAUCGCCGAAGACGAUUAUCGAUCGGAACAGACGACAAUCUCGCGUCAGUCUUCCGCCGACUGUCGCACCACUCGCCCGCGGAGCAUAACAGUCGACUGCAACAUAUAAUAUUAUAACAAUAACAAUCGCCAUUUCAGUCUGCAACCGAUGGCCGUCCGACCUGAAAACUUUACCAUGAGGAAUCUCGUUCGAGUCGCGUUUCUCCUGGUCGCUUGCAGUGUAUCCCAGAUAUGUGCAAGUUUUUCCUUCAACACCAAGGAUUUAGUAUUGUUGGUGAAUGACUCGACAACACUCACAUUGACCUUAACGGACAAUGUAUUAAGAAAUACCACAUUGAUCCUCAGCACUAAUCAUAAAGAUUUACUGACAACAAAUGUUACCAAAAUAGAAGUCACUAAUUCUACAGGUACAAAUGUUUGGCCAGUUGAGUUGUUUGGUCAUGACGCCGGCCACGACUUACUAAAAGUUGAUGCAUUUCCUCCUUCCAUAAAAUGCAGUGAUGCUUUUGUUAGAGUAACUCUUCAACAUUCAAAUGAAUUGGCUUUAUUCAGUGUUAUUGUUGGAUGGGUUUAUUUUGUUGCAUGGUCAAUAUCAUUUUAUCCUCAGAUGUAUGAAAACUGGAGACGGAAAAGUGUUGUAGGUUUAAAUUUUGACUUCAUUGCAUUGAACUUGGUUGGAUUUAUUUUAUAUUCCAUGUUCAACGUUGGCCUGUGGAUACCUGAAAUUGAAAAAGAUUACAUUUCCCGAAAUCCUCGAGGACUAAAUCCAGUUCAAUUAAAUGACAUAUUCUUUUCUAUUCAUGCUGUAUUUGCUACUUUGAUAACUGUGAUCCAAUGUUAUUGCUAUGAGAAAGGUGAUCAACAGGUUUCUCGAACAGCUAAAUCAAUCAUGUCAUUCUAUGGAUUAAUAAUUGCCGUACUAUUAGUUCUUGUAUAUUUACAAAAAAUAGUGUGGUUGGACUUCCUUUAUUAUUGCUCAUAUAUCAAGUUGACCAUAACGCUCAUCAAAUACAUUCCACAAGCGGUAAUGAAUUAUAAGCGUAAAAGUACAAUUGGUUGGAGUAUUGGCAACAUAUUCUUGGAUUUUACAGGAGGAAUACUUAGCAUAUUACAGAUGAUUAUUAACGCUUACAAUUACAAUGACUGGGCCUCAGUUUUUGGCGAUCCAACCAAAUUUGGUUUGGGUUUGCUUUCAGUGAUUUUCGACAUACUAUUCUUCUUACAACAUUAUGUAUUCUACAGUGGAGUAAACUAUGCAGAAUUUGAAAGUUAUAAUGAGGUAGAAGUGGAGGAUGAGGUUACUAAUUCAGAAGAGCAUCCUAAACCAACUGAUAAAUCAGAUGACCAGAUAUGUUAAAAACAAAAUUAUUAUUUUGACUGUAGACUUUGAUUAAUCUCAGUCAUUAGUUUGAUUAUGUUAAACAUUAUAAUCGCAUAGGUAUAUCCAAACAAGACUGAACAUAAUAUCUACUUAACACCAAAGUUAUUUUAAGAUUUAUUUAUUUAUUUAUUUUUGUACAAUAUUUAUACCAUGUUUUAUACUUAUAUUUUAAUAACUAAUUUAUACAAAAAUGUGAAAUACCACUUUUUAUAGGAAAACAUAAUUUUUUAGAUUGAAACUUCUAUUUAUAGAGAUUAUGGUGCUCGGCUAUUUUCAAAGCCACCCCUAAUGUGCACCUAAUUCCUGCCACUAAUAAUGCAAUAACUAUUAUAUUAUUAUAUAUUACAUACUAUUUUAUGAUAAACACACUCAAACCACUGAAAAGUAUUCAAGGUAUUUAUUACCAUAGUAAUAAUUGUAUGAUUAUUGAUUCUAUUUACGAAAUAAUGGAAUAAUAAGUUUUGUAAAUGUAAAUACUGUAUCAUACUAUCAUAUUAUACACCUAUAUAGCUACUUAAUACCUGCAACUAUACUAGAUAGCAGAUACUAACUAUUAUACAUUAACCAUGAGGCAUGAAUUAAUAAUUACUAAUUAGUGUUAAUUGAAUAUAUGAUAGUAUGAUACAAUAAUUAAAUUAUUAGAUUUUGGUUUGUGGUAACAUUAAAUGUAUCGACAUUUACUGAUUAUAUUUUUUUAUAAAUAUAUUUAUAAGAAUCCAUUAGUAUACAUAAUUAAUAAUAGUGUAUUAGUGUUUAUAGUUGGCACACAAAAUAUAUUAAACGUAUAUUUUGUUUUUUUUAUUUAUUUGCGUAGUACUAAUAAGCAAUAUUAGAACUAUUAGAAUCUAAACAAUUAGAAAUAUAAAUUUUAUUUACCUGAGACUGAAAGCAACGAAUAAUUAUAAGUUAUAGUUCAGUAGGUAUACACAUUACACACUGUCAUGAAGUAUACCUAUAUUGUAUAAUUUAUUUCAUUUUUUCAUAUUUGAAUUUAGUUACUUAUUAUACACUCCAAUACUCAAUUAUAAUUUAUCAGUAUAUAAUAAAAUAAUAUUUUAUAUAUCAGAGUCA